AUGUUUGUAUGCCAUUAUCUGUCACCUCAUCUGGCAGGCAAUCAAAUUGGCAAUGAAGGGUUCAGAUAUAUUGCCAAUAGUGACUGUUUAAAGAACCUGACUCUUUUGGUUCUGGAAAGCAAUGUAAUUGGAAAGGAAAGUAGUAACUUCGUUUCCAAUAGUGAAUGGUUUAAAAAGUUGACUUCUUUGAAUGUGGGAGGUAAUGAAAUAGGUUCUGGAGGCAUUAAAUGUAUGUUUGAUAGCGAAUGGAUGAAAACCUUGAGGUCUUUGGAUCUGAUAUGCAAUCAAAUUGGCAAUGAAGGGGUCAAAUAUAUUGCUGCAUGUGAAUGGUUGAAAAAUUUGUCCUCUUUGGGUCUGUGUGCCAAUAGAAUUAGCAGUGAAGGUGUUGGUUAUAUCGUUAAUAGUGGACAUUUUAAGAAUUUGACAUCUUUGAAUCUGGAAGACAACGAAAUUGGCAAAGAAGGUGUUAUGUUUAUUGUUGACAGUACAUGUUUCAAGAAUUUGACUUCUUUAAAUCUGGGGAGUAAUGCAUUAGGUAAUAGAGACAUUAGACGUAUUUCUUAUAGUGAAUGGUUGAAUAACUUGACAUCUUUGGGUCUGUGUGCCAAUAGAAUUAGCAGUGAAGGUGUCAAAUAUAUCGCUACUAGUGAAUGUUUUUUGAAUUUGACUUCUUUAAAUCUGGUCUGCAACUAUAUUGACAAUGAAGGUGCCAAAUAUAUUGCUAAGAGUGAGUUCUUACGGAAUUUGACUUCUUUUAAUACGGAAGAUAUUGACUAG